AUGAGAGUGCAGGGAAGUGGGGAAGAGGGGGUGGCCGCCAGGCUCCUCCGCUUCCCUGGGUCCACGGCGGAUCCCUCCCGCUUGUCAGGAGGCGGCCAGCGGGUAAGCGGACUGGCGGAAAUGCGAGAGAGGAGAAGGGAAAGGUGGAGGGCUAAAGGGGGCAAACUGAGGGGAGGCGGGUCCCGCAACCGAGACUGGGAUCGUCUCCCCUCCGCAAAGCGAACCCAAAAUGGCGGCGGGAGCGGCGGCGGCGGCGGCGGCAGCAGCAGAGUGGCGGCGGUGGCGGCGGCAGCUCCUCCAGAGGGAGGGAGCGAAGGGCGCCUAGCGCCCCCAACCUCCCACUCCUCCCUCCUCGCGUUCUUCCCCACCGUCCCCCGCUCCGCCCGACUCCGUCCGCGUAGCGCGCACGCCCGCCCGCACGCGUACGAGUGUCUACGGGCUCGUCGCUGGCUGCUCCCACCAACCACCACCUUCGGCCGCCCCGCGCGCCAGCCAGCCCGUACGCGCUCACCCACAGGAACCCCCUCGUCCAGUCCCUCACUCCCCCUCAGGCCCUGUCAAGCCGGCGCCGGCGCAGGCCCUCACGCGUACCUUCAACGGCGCAAGCCCAAGCCUCCUCCUCCUCCUCCUCCACCUCCUCUUCUCUCCUCCCCCCCCUUCCCCGCCCCCACGGCCACCAACCGCCGCCACGGCCGCCGCCGCCGCCGCCAGCCCCCCCCACCACCCUCCACCCCUCGCGCGUGCGCCUCCCACAAUCCCCCCCGCGGGACUGUUCCAUUCCUGUCGGCUGCAGGGGCAGGAGAGGAAGGGACGGGCCGAGCGGGUCGGGGCUUGCCGUUUGACUGGAAUUGCCAGAAUGGCGGACCGAACCCCACGACAACCUACCUCCCUGGGCUCCUCGCCGCGGCGCUGCGGCUCGCCUCCCCCUGCUCCUCCUCCUCCGCCGGAUCGCGGCGAGCGGAUCGAGGACUGCCUAGCGCCCCUCUGCCCACCGGUGGUUGGAGGCCGCGGCGGCUGCGCGUUGAGUCGUUUCCUGCCGGUUGACCUGAGCCUACUUCGCAGUAGCAGGACCGCUGCUUUGGAGCUGGUCCCAGGCGGUGUGUGCCGGUCGCCUAGUCUGGAGAACUAGUCCUCAACUCACGGUGAAGGAAUGGACCGACACGGGUAUUGUACCGCUGAGGGAAAGGAGCGGGACUCCGGACCUCCAGGAGGUAGGGAGUGAGGCCAGUAGGACCGGCGCGCCUCCGGGGGAAUUCCUCCCGGGCGUUGAGUUGCCAACCUGGGACCCGAGGAAGAUCGGCGUGGUGGUGUGCUUUUUGUUGUUGUUAACCCUCCUCGGAUUUCUCGAAUUUCACACCGCUGUCCAUAUGCGAUGAUGUUUGUUUGCCCUUGACGCACUUACUCAUGGAUGGUACUUCUUCAGCCUCGUUAGACAGCCUGGUGAUGGAGGAUGAAGAAACCAUGUGCUUUUCAUUCAGUUCUGGACUUAGUCUCCCUUUUCUUCCUUCAGCAAGUUAUUUUUGUUAGUUCCUUAUCAAAAGUGUACAUAAAAAUUAGGCAACUCCAAACAUGCCUCCAGGGUUAAUGUGUGAAAUAAUAAGAUAAUAUAUGUAAAGUGGAAUUAGCUCCUAGGCAUAGGGAAAGUGCAGAAUAUUGCCGUGUUGUCAUUUACAGUUCUGUUGAUGUCGAUAACGUUUGUGGGUGUAAUUGGUAGUGUUCUGUCCCUCCAAGGAGUUAAUAAAACAAAGCAAACAUA